AUGAACCGUACUAUGUGUAAUAUCAAGUAUGAUAUUAUGUCACUAUCUGACAAAAUUGAUAAUUUGAUAAAUAAAUCUGAAAAAACUGGGCUUGGUUUUGGUGAGAUGUUAACUGAUGAAGAUACAUUUCAAAAAGAAAUAUUUAAUAUCCUUCCUAUAGAAAACGAAGAAGACUUAUUGUUGUUUGAAUCCAAACUUUCCAAUCAGGAAUUCAGAAAAAAAAUUACUUUGGAACUGAAGCGAAAUGCAAAGAGUUCAUUACCCAGUACUGUGCGCUCUAUAAUGAGAUUCCUUUUCAAAGACAAAUUGCUGAAUAUAUUCAGUUAUAAAGGGCAAAAAGGAAAAAAGGUGUUCUACACAUUAACAAUAUGUUCCGUUAUAUUUGACUCCAUCAAGCUCAUGAAAAAAUUUAAUAAAUUUGAUACAAUCGAAGUUGAGGGGCCUCUAAAAAUAUUUAUUUCAGGCGCAAAGUUCAGAGAUGUACCGAAAACUAAAACUGUUCAAUCCAUGAACGAUUGA